AUGAUCAACGGGGUUCUUAUAUACUCCAGUCGUGGCGAUUUAAUUGUUUGUGAUCUGUUGAAAAGCUCUUUGAAAAGAACCAUAAGUGAUAUCUUUAAAAUACAAGUAAUAAACAGUCUAGAGAUGAAAUCGCCUAUUUUGACUUUAGGGUCUACAACAUUCCAUCAUAUACGAUCCAGUAGUGAGAGUAAACUGUGGAUUGUAGCCAUUACGAGAAGUAAUGCUAAUAGUGGUGUGAUCUGGGAGUUUUUGUAUAAGCUAGAUUCCAUGUUAACUGCCUAUGAUUUAAAUAACGAGGAAAAAUUGAUGGAGAAAUUCAUGGUCUAUUAUGAAAUGAUAGAUGUCAUGUUGACUUCUAAUGCUAUGCCUAUAAAUACUGAGCUAAGCUCAAUUGCCUCAAAGAUAUCUUAUAGAUUACCAAAAACGAUCUCUAAUUCUCCCACCAAUGAAAAAAAUAAUAACAAUGGCUUAUCAAUUCCUAAAUUUUUAACAAGGAACAGCAGAUCGAUGUCUCAAGAGUUUUCUAAUAUAACCCAAUCAGAUAUCCCUUGGAGGCCCACUGGUAUCAAGUACAAGAAAAAUGAGGUGUUCUUAUACGUGAAUGAGAAAAUAAAUAUUUUGGUUUCUAAAGACCAAACCAUACUGAAAGCAUAUGUUGAUGGUUCGAUUGACUUGGUUUCACAUUUAAGCGGAACUCCUAUCUGCCAAUUCGGGUUGAAUGACUAUUUGAGUAUGACUGGUAAUAAUAUUUCUAAUAGAGGUGAUGAGUUUAGACACGAUUUCAUGGAUGACGAAGAUUUAUCAACUGGUAGAAGUUCUUCCUCCAGCGUGAAAAUCGAAGACUGUACAUUUCACCAGUGUGUAUCCCUUGAUAAGUUCAAUGACGAACGUUUAAUCAAUUUUGUCCCGCCAGACGGAUCAUUUGAAUUGAUGAGAUACCAUGUUCGUGAUGAUCUCAACAUUCCUUUUAAAGUCACUCCAAGAGUCUCAAUAUCAUCGUCUAGAUGUAGUAUGAGGUAUAAGAUUAUUCUAAAAUCAUUAUUUCCUACCAGUUUAUCUGCUGCCGACGCCAUGCUGAAGAUCCCAUUACCACCAGGUACCGUUGAUUGUAAGAUAAAUGCCUCAAGCGGUAAAUGCAACUUUUCCACGUCAGAUAAUUGUGCUAUAUGGAAGUUUAAUAAAUAUAAAGGCUUAACGGAAAACGAGCUGAUCUUAGAAACUGUUCCUUCAAGUAGCACUGAUAUAUUAUCCCUACAACAAUGGACAAGACCUCCAAUGUCAAUGAAUUUCGAAAUCAUCAUGUUCAGUAAUUCUGGUCUUGUAGUAAAGUAUCUAAAGGUCAUGGAGAGGGUACAAAAGUAUAGACCAGUCAAGUGGAUCAAGUAUGUAUCGAAAUCAGGAUCAUACGAAAUAAGGUACUAA